GACUGGUGUCUUGUCACCUCACUUGCUUUUCAGGGUUGCAUCAGCUGUGUGGUGUGUUUAGGAAAAUGGACCUGAAAGAUGAGAAAACCCAAACUGCAGAGUAGCCAAGUUGACUUUCUUCCUGAAGGAAUUGGCAGUAGCUCUUGACAGCUAUGUCUGCUUCUCAGAGAGACUUCCAUUCAAAGGCUCGAACAGGAGCCACUGGCAGAGCUGCCAUCCUGAAGGGAGACCGCCAGGACAGGCUGCCGGCCCACUGUGCUGGAUCUGGAUCUGUUCCUACUUUACCUCCUCUCACAUGCUUCUCACCAGCAUUCAGGGCUGAACCUCCACCUGGUCGCACUCUCAGUAGGCCUCCGUCAUCGCAACCAGCUGACCUGUCUGUGUUUGAGCUUCCCCAGUUGGUAGCAAAGGUGGGGCCAGAGGUGGCGCUAGGAGAGUCCAUGUGGAUGGAGGGCCCCUGUUUGGUGGCCUCGGCUCUUGCUGCUGAUAUUCCUCUCAAAGUCAUUAAACACCCACAGGGAGUAAAGUCCUCUUCUGCAGGUGAGGAUGCCCCUGUACAGACACAUGGAGAGUCCGUGGGAAGCAGAACUGGGAGAGAAAGUAAAACUAAGUGCAGUCCACUUACGGGCUUUGAAUUGUUUGAGGUCUUUGCGAAGAAAAGACAUUUGGGGGAGCUCCAGUUUUAUCAUUUAAAGGCUUCUGAAGACGGUCCUUACAGACCAUAUGACCUGCAAGUGGUGCCACGAAACAAAGCAGGCUCAGAUCACUACAUCUUUUCCCCCACCUCAGUGAUGCAUGUGCAGGACGGCUGUAGCGUUGGACUUUUAACGCUGGCCGAGUGGUAUCGAGAAGCAGUGCUUUGGAAAGCCCUGCAAGAUAUCCCAUUUUUCCGAAACUACCUGCUAUGCAAGUCCUUCAGACGGUGGAGGAGAAACGUGUGCCGGAUUGUGUUUCAGUGCAGACGUACGUUUCUUCAGUCUCAGCUGCUGAUGGCAGUGCCCCAGUUCAGGGAAGCUUUGUUUCAUUUCACCAGGUUGCUUGAAGAACUUAAAAGAGUGCACUGGAUUCCACAGGAUGAGGGAAGGACAUACACACUUCUAGAAUUCCAGAAAGCUCUUCAGAAAAUCAAUCAGGAAUCUCAAGGUGUUUUGAAGAGAUUCUUACAUUACCGUUCUCUGAUACUGGCUAUGGUACAGGAGAUCAGUUACAAAGCACACCAGGAGUUACAGCAUCAAGUGGAACAACCUCAGCUGAACCAGAGUAGCCAGCCUAUCCAUCUUCAGCAGACCUCAGCCUGGAGUCUUAGUAAAGAGUUGGACCAGACUGAACAAGCCCUGCAAAGGCUGGGAACCAUCGCUGCUCUUAUGGACUGCAUGACUGUUCAAAGUCUCGUUACCAUCUCUAACCAUGAGAUCACGGCCUUCCUUGAUAAGGUUUUGAAGAGGGAGCAGGAGCAGCAGGGUGGUCUUUUCCAGGCAGACCUGACAUUUGGGGCAGAUAGUCAACUUACAAUCUUUCCACCUGUACACCUGUUCCAACAGGUACUGAUAGGAGCGCUGCUGUCAGUGGGUGACUCUGCUUUACAGGUGUUUGACUCCUGCAAUUCGCCUGCCUCUAAAGAUUCUCUGACGGCUUGUUUUCAGGAUCUGUCUCCCAACUCCGGCCUCGCAUCGUCUGAAGACAGAGGAAAAGCCCUAACAAGUGCAGACAUCUUUUCAUCUAUAAGGAAGCCUCGUCUUCCAUCACCCACAAAUCUGGUGCUACCCAAAAGAACCUCUCUUAGAGUUCAAGGGCAGAGAGUACGAGGGCAGUACUACCCCCUGUCCAGAGAGCGGCUGGAAUGGCACCUGCGCCUCCAUGUUAGGACACAGGAGAUGGAGAAAGAGCAAGAGAGAAUCACACAGGAAGCCCACCAAGAGAUUCAGCAGUUGUGUGAACAGCAUUCCUGGUUGGUAGACGCUCAUUUGUUUACUACCCAGUGGAGCACAGCGUCACUGGAGAGCAUGCGGGGGUGGCCAGCCAUUAAAUACAAGGAGCAUAUCCAGAAAGUUCACUUCUGGAGAGAUGGAGUGUUCGCUAUGCCUCCGGUUUUCACCACCUCCAAUAAGCUGCUCACGCUCACCUGCUCUCACAUUCAAGAGAAGCUAGUGCCCUUGCUGACCACCAUUGAGGAGGAUUCUUUAACGUUGAUGUCUGAGGAGCUGCAGUUACAUUCAGCAAACCUGACAUCUGAACUGAAGAAAGUCGUGGAGAAACUAAGGCGCGAACCCACUGACCUCAGUGACUUCGCAAGUUAUGCUGCCACGGUAAAACGCUAUAAGGAGAUGUCAGCUGGUGUGCAGCAGCAGCUCGACCACCUUCGCUCUCUUCACAAGAUAAUUGAGCUGAAUUGUAGAACCUUGACUCCAGGGGAGAGUGCCUGUAUGAAGCAGACGCUUCAGCUGUGGAAACAGUUCGUUCCUCUCCUGAAGCAAGCAACACACACAGUCACCCAGCAGCUGCCCCCCAUGACUAACACUCUGGACUGCGCCGUUUCCUCACUGACCAAGGAAUUAGAGAAUCUGGUCUUCAGUGCCACAACUGGACCUUAUCUUGACCCAAACCAGAGCACUGACCACAUGAUUUCUGAGCUCAGAAUAAUGAGUAGACAGUUUAAUGUAAUAGCUGCGCAACUGAGUGAGCUGAGUAUGAACAGCCAGAGCCUCAGAGGAUACCCGUUGGAUCUGACAUUCGUGACAACUGCUAAACAGAAUAUCGAGGCACGGAAAGAGCUUUGGGAGCUUACGGGUGUGUUGACUGCACAGAUUCAAGAAUGGAGGCUCUUGCUGUUCAGCAAGUUUGUGGUAUCCAGAGCCCAGGAAAAGGUGUCUGAAUGGCUUCAAGAGACAGUAUCACUAGCAAAGGUCAUCCCUCCUCAUGAUGCAGUGCUUCAAGAAACCGUAUGCAGUCUUGAUGGGUUUAACCAGCACCUGUCAAUACUGGCCAAGCUAAGCAGCCCCACCCUGAAGUACAAACACUGGAGAAACAUCUUUAUGGGUAUUGGCCUCCCCUAUGACCCAGAACAGAAUUUAACUGUGGCCGAUCUUAUGUCCAAAGAACUGCUGGAGCAUCAAAAUAAAAUCAGCAAGAUCUGUAGAGAGGCCGAAGCUUCAGCAGAUAUGGAGCAUGUGUUCCGGAGGCUUCAGCGGAGCUGGGAAGGGACAGAAUUCAGGCUUGCUAAGUUCAUUGUUACUGUGUGGCAGACAGGCCAGAGGGCUCUACAGCAGCAGUCCCGUGACAGUGGAACCUUUACCAUUAUGGGUCUAAACAUCCUGCUGGCUCAGGCUGAGGACAGUGUUAUGACUUUAUCCAGUACGCUGCUUUCUCCACAUGCUGCUGAAUUUAGAAGGGAGGUUGAACAUUGGAUGCAGCUUUUGCAGGAGCUUGAGGAACUGCUAGAUUUUUGUGAAAGAUACCAGCAGAAGUGGGUUUUCCUUAGCAAGCUGUUCUAUGAGACGUGGGUCAGCACACAAAAAGCUGAGUUGCUAGAGAAGUUUUCCCCAGUGGAUAAGACGUUUCGUGAAAUGAUCCAGUUUACGUUAAGUGACCCACAUGUUUUGAAUUUCGUACAAUUGAGGAAGACUAGAGAGACAAGAAGUCACUUCCAGGGACAAAAUCUGCGCACUCUCUUCAUUGAAGGACUUACAGCAAUGGAAGAAAUUUCCAAUCAGCUGAUGCAUCUCUUAGACUCACAGCGUGGUGAGUUUCCCAGACUAUGCUUUCUCAGCGAUGGAGAGGUGAUCAAAGUUCUCCAACACCACCUGCCGCCCUCCUCCCUUCUCUCACUGGUGCGCAAAUGCUUCAGAGGAGUGAGAUGGCUUGAGGUUAACAACUCCAGUGAACGCGACAAGACAGACGUUUCCAAUGAAAUAGAUCUGUCCACCACCCAGAUGUGGGUAAGUGGUGUGUAUGGAGCUCUAAAGGAAUACAUGCCCUUCUUCUGUCCUCUAGAGCCAAACCUAAAUCCUGUGAUUUGGCUUGGGCUUUUGGAGAAGAAGUUAUAUCAAACAGUGAAAUGGCUGAUGUUCAAAUGCACUGCUGCUCGACUUUGUCCUGUGCCAAAGCAGAAUGAUCGUGAACGGGAUAAGGAAGAUAGUGAUAUUCCUGCACCUGAUCAUUCUCGCAUCUCCAGUGCAUUAAGAAAGUAUGUGGAAAAACAUUCACAUGUCCCUGAGCCACCAGCUGUUUUGCAGUUGAUAACUGAAUAUCCACUGCAGUGCCUGUUGGUGGCAGAGGAAGUUUUCUGGUGUCGUGAAAUGGAAAUGGCUUUUACUGACCCAGCUCAAACCAAGUGGGUACCAGUUAAGUCACAGAAUGCAGCAAAACUUGAGAGCCUGUGUCAAGCCAUACGAGAUGUCACUGAAAAUUCAAAUGAUAGUUCCUUGGCAUCCCAGUACACGGUCACGGCGCUUCGUGCCUUGGUUUUACUUACAAUGAAGCAUUCCCAACAAGUUGAUCAGCUUGUGGAGGUACAAGAUAGAUUAGAAUCGUCUUUUGAAUGGCAGAGGCUAAUAAAAUAUCAUUAUAGUGCUAUUGAUCAUUGGACUCAAAGCCACGUGUCUCAAGAAGACUCAGACUUCACAGAACAGUCUGUUAAUGUUAAUGUCUUGGGAACACAGUUGGCCUAUGGCUACGAAUAUGUAGGGCCUGAAAACUGGAUGAUGGUCAACACUCCCUCAACAGACCGAGCAUUUUUGGGCAUUCUCCUUGCACUCACCAGUUUCAGAUGUGCCUUUGUUAGUGGACCCCUCAUGUCUGGUAAGAAACAAACCGUAUUCCAGUUAGGAUGGGCACUGGGACAGCAAGUAAUCGCUUUGAGUUGUUGUGCAAGUACAAGUCCUUUGAUUGUUUACCAAAUGCUGCUUGGUGCUCUUCAAACUGGUGCAUGGCUAGUUAUUGAUUCUGUGGAUUCAAUGGAACAGGGAACACUGUCUAUUCUAGGGCAACAUUUGACAGAUGUUCAUCAGUGUCUGUCAGCACUUCAGAGAAACAUCCAGCAAGAAGUGCAAAAGCUAGAAGAUCAUAAUGAUAAAUGCUCACUAAAGACCAGAGAUGAGGAUUUCACUACAAAGGCUGAAAGAGAAUGUAAGGUACCGUUUGGAGGGAAAAACAUUUCAGCCAACCUAAACUUUGGCUGUGUCAUAAUUUCAUCAAAUGGGUACUCGACUGAAGUACCAGAAAACUUGAGAGUUGCUUCAAGACCUGUUUCACUGAUGCAACCUGACUACAGCGUCAUUGCAGAGAUUAUGCUAGUUUCUCUGGGCUUCUCUGAGGCUACCAGCAUGAGUCGGCGUCUGAUUACUCUUUUUAACCUAGCUAAGGAUUCAUUUUGCCUUCCAAAUGUCACGCGAGAUCAGUCUUCCUGGCUUGUGCUGCUCAGAAAAGUCAUGCAUGCCUCUGAACACCUUUACAACAAUUUUGAGAAAACUGAUGAAGACAGAUUUCUUGUGAGCGAUGAGCAGAGACCUGUUGACCUACCUCUCAAAGGAUCUGACAAAAUACAAGAGGAAUUUAAAGACUACUAUUCAUCUGUCUGUAAGCGUACCAGCAAAUCUUCCAUUCUUAAUGCUGUUAGAGAAGAGCAAGCAAUAAUCAAAGCAGUCAUGUUUGUACUGUUGCCUGCUAUCACUGAGCCUAAGAAGGCCUCACAUUUCCUCACCAAUUUUGAAGAAAUUUUUCCAAUGGCAAGAUUCACUGAAGCACAGUCCAUUGCGGAGAGUAAGCGAAAUCUCCUCCGAAAUGCUGUCACAGAUGAGUUGGACCAAAUGGGCUUUUAUGCUGACGCGCAACAGCUUCACAAUGCUGUAACCUUGUUUCAGACUCUAGAGUUCUCUAAGGCAGUUGUGCUUGUUGGGCCAGCAGGGAGUGGGAAGACAACUUUAUAUCAAGCUCUUGCAGGAGCACUUCGAAGACUUGCAGCAAAGUGUGUGGAGGCUGUAUCUGAGGAAGAUAUGGAAAACACCAAGCUUUUGUCAACUUCUUGUUGGUGCUCUGUUAACACUGUGAUCUUAUUUCCUAAUGCUUUUUCCCAUGAGGAGCUUUUUGGUGGGUCUGAUGAACAGCCAGGGACUUUUAGAGAUGGAGCCUUCACGAAAGUGAUAAGAGAUACAGACUGCCAAGAUCAUUUAGGUAAUGAUUUUUCUAAAAUCAAUCAGAAAAAGGUUGAAACACGAAAAGUUAAAUGGCUGGUACUAGAUGGGGAACCCUUAAGCCAGCCUGGAUGGUUUGACUCUUUGAGCACCCUUGUUCAACCCAGAGACCCUUUUCUUAGCCUUACGUCAGGCGAGAAAGUUCAGCUGUCACAGGAGGACCUUCAAAUAAUUGCUGAGAGCACCACUCUUAGCGAUGCAGCUCCCUCAACACUGGCGCAGUGUGGCCUGGUAUAUGUUUCUGGAAAGGAUCUGUGGAAGUCUGUAUGGAAAGCUGAGAUGGAUGCUUUGUACAGGGAUUGUGCUCUGGACAAAAGCACUCUGAAGAUGUGGAGCUGUCUAGCUGAAGAUCUUUUCUCCAGAACUCUCGUUUUCCUAAGACAUAAUGCAUUAGCCACUGUAAUGUCCAGUGAUGGAGUUAAAGACAGUAAAUCCAGUCCAGGGAUCACUGAUGGUUUGCGAGAGGUAACCUCAUUCAUUAAAAUCCUCCAUGCCUUUUUGGGAGAGUCUGGAUGUGGCCUGAAAACAGCAACUAAGCAGACUGCAAAAAGAGACAUUGGUCCCAAGCCAUUUUCCACAGAAGUACAGGCAAAAAACCUCUUUGCAGUAGCCUAUAUUUGGGGCUUUGGAGGACAGCUGCAUCCCAGAUACUGGCCACACUUUGAUAUUCUUGCACGAGAAGCCUUGUUUGAAAGCCGUUACAAAAUUGAAGUGCCAGCUGAGGACACAGUAUUUGAACAUUUCUUUAGCCUCAGAGAUGGAAUGCUGGAAGACGCUAGCACUGCCAUCAGCUUAACCAGGAAAAGGAGACCACAGCAUUUUCACACUUCUGUGCCACAGUAUGAAAAACAUGCAUACCUCUUGGACCUCAUGUUGGAAGCCCAUCAACCAGCACUAGUAGUUGGAGAAGCAGGUUCAGGCAAAACAACAUUGUGCAAGUCUUUGUUAUCACAAGAAAGACCACAUAUGCAUUUACCAGCUUCUCCACUGCUACAUUCUACGCAUCUGCGUAAAAUACUUGAAAGUAUGGGAAGUUACAAGACUCGACUGGCUCCUCAGGGUCCUGUCAGGCAGCAUCCUGGUUUACUUCUGUUUGUCGAUGACUUACAUGAAGUACCUUUUGAUGAUAAUAAUGGAAAGACAUCAAUGCUUUUGGAGAACUUGCGUCAGUGCAUCUCUAGGGAUGGAGUGCUGACCUCAGAUGGCCGUUACUUUAAGUUGUUCUGCUCUGGAGCAAUAAAUUAUCUAGGUACUUGCAGCACUUUUGGAACAAACAAAAACAGCUGCAAGCAGAUUUCCCCACGGCUCUCGAGACUGUUCACUAUCUUUGUGCUUCCUGAUGUGACAGUAGAUGUUCUGUUUUCUAUGCAUUCCACACAAUUACAGCAGUGGCUGAAAAAUUUCCCAUUCAUGCCAAGGAUUGCUGAUAUGACACGAUGUAUUGUUGCUGCCACAUUUGAUGUAUAUCAUGCUGUGCAUAAGCAUUUUCACUCUUCCGCACAUGCUCCCCACAUUGUGUUUUCUCUACAUGAUCUUCUAAAAGUGUUCCAAGGGAUGCGCCUAUGGGAUCCAAGAACUCCACCUUCUCCUAUCCUGCCUCAAUUUGCUCCAGCUUCUCUUCGUCAAACAGCAAAUGUGCUCAACAUUGCUCAUCUGUGGAUGCAUGAGUGUUUGCGUACCUUUGGAGAUCGCCUGUCUUCAGAUGAGGAGAUUCAAAAACUGGUGUUAACUCUAAUCCAGGUGUCCGAGGAGAAUUUUGGUGGUAGGCUGGUGGCUGAAUCUCAGACUAGUGGAGCAGACCGAUCUGGCCCAGCAUGUGAUGAUCUAAACCAGAAUCAACAUUCAACUCCUAUUCAGCAAGAUGAGGAUCAGCUUAUCACAUCAAGAAAAGAGUUUGAGAAUUCUUCACUGGCUGAAUUGACUAGAUGUUCAAAGCACUCUGAGGAAUCGGAGAGCUCUGAGGAAAAGAUUAGCUCAGACUCCAGCUUUUCAGUGAGUCAAAUCGAUGAUGAUUAUAGCGCCACUUCUUCAAGCAGAUGGAGCAAAAAUGAGAAAAACAACCCUAAAAUAGAGUUCCGGUCUGAAUCAGCACCAAGCACUAGAUGUUCACCUGAGAUUCUUUGUCCUGAAGACUCUUCUGAAAGUUCUAGCAAAACAGUGAGCCAAAGCAUGGCUCUUCAGUAUGAACUGAAUCACUCCGAUAUUUCAGCAUGUGAAAAACCUCAAGCCAGUUGCAAAUUGCUUCUUCAGAUGCUGCUUGAAAUGGGUUCUUCUGCCUGUAGUGUAGUCUACAGCCCAGAAUUUCGUGAACCACACAAAUGUAUAGCACAGCAACAGGCUAAGCAGCACUCAGUGUACCAGGAGAGAGACCUGGACAGUCUGGUACAGCAGCUGGCUCACAUUAUAAAAAGAAAAGAGGAAGAAGAUAAUUGUGUAUCUGCCAACUUUACUGUGUAUCGCAAAAGGAUACAACAACUUGUGCAUAUCCUACGUGCCUUACUUAUUCCUGGUGGACAUGGAGUUCUGUUUGGAGCAACAAAGAAAACAGGCCGAAAGACCACCGUACGCCUAGCAGCUUACUUGACAGGGUAUCAACUAAUUGAGAUUCAUGGUGGAAAUGAGGGCAAACUAAAGGAGAUACUGAGAGCGGCUAUGAAGCAGAUUGAUGUGCAUGGUGGACAUGUAGUGUUUUUGAUCCAUGAGACGAUCAGCCAGACCACUAGAGAUAAGCUAAUGGUGGCCAUGGCUAAUGGAACAGGCCCAGGGCUUUAUUCAGAUGAAGAACUGAAAGAUAUGAUACCAAAUAUCAGUGCCGUAAUGAAGAACUCUCACAAUCCUAUAAGGACUGCCCAGGUCUUUGAAAAGUAUUUCAGAAACAAACUAAGAAACCUCCACAUGUUCUUGUUACUGCCUCUUAACCAAGGCAGUUCUGAGAGACCGUCUGGACAGUCAUCUGUUAUUGUGCCACAUGUUUCCAAGGUUGUAAGCCUCUGCUUGUGUGUAGAGGUGUACCAGCCAUGGAGUUCUGAGACUUUGGUUGAAAUUGCCUCACAUCAUCUAACCCGUCUUCAGAUUUCAGAGUCAGAUGUUCAAGCUGACAAGACCUUAGUGGCCAGUAUUGCUCAGGCGAUGCCUGGAAUACACCAAUCUGCUAUAAAAUAUGCCUCCACCUUCCUGAACAUCCAACCAUUCGGCCCUCAUACCUAUUUCGAGCUAAUGACAUACUUCUCCCACCUCAGUGUCCACCUCUGUGAGCAAGUUAGAGGACCUGCUAACAGAGUGGCAACAGUUCUGGCCCGGGUGAAAAAUAUGACUGACACAGCACAAGAGUACAACCAAGAGCUUUUCAGACUUCAGGCCAAAGUUGAUGAGACCCAGAAGUGGCUGAACCAGCUGCAAGUAGCUGUGGACACUGAGCGCACACAUUGUGAACAAGCUCGCCAGCACUGUCUACUGGAAGAGGGGCGACUUUCUCAUCUAGAGGAACAGUUAGAACUAGCUGACCAGCAAGCUCAAGAAGCCCUGAAUGAGGUGAGCCCAUUGUAUCAGGCAGCCCUUACGGCCUUGCAGUCUUUAAACCAGUCUGACCUUGAUGAGGUGCGACACUACAGACAUCCCCCUGAUGGAGUUGUCAUGCUUAUAAAUGCUAUUUGCAUGCUAUUCAAUCGUCCAUGCAACUGGGAAAGCGGCAAACAACUUCUAGGGCAGCCCAAUUUCUUACAGGAAUUGGAAUUCUUUGACCGCUCAAACCUAAAGGAUGAGUUGUUUGAAAAGCUGGGUCAAGUUGUAAAGGCACCAGACUUUCAACCACACUUGGUGUGUGAUGUGAGUCGAGCAUGUGAAUCUUUGAGCUGUUGGUUACAAGCAGUGUACCAGUACGCUUGUGUUCAGCGGCAUAUGGCCCCACGGGAAGCCCAGAAGAAGAAUUUGCUCAAGAGCAUGUCUGAAAGCCGCGCUCGGCUGCGAGUGGCUAGGCUGCAGGAAGAGGUUGCGCGAGGUAAGUUGGAGGAUAUGGAGAAGCAACAGCAGUUGGUGAGAAAUAACUUGGAGGACCUUGCUGCCCAGCUCCAAAAGGUUGAAGACCAAGAGAAGGAGGCUGCUGCUGCUAUCGAGCAACUGAGCGACCACACUGAGAAGUGGAUCUCAGUUGAAGAGGAAUUAAAAAUGAAUAGCCACACCAUUUCUGGAGAUGCACUGAUUUUGGCUGGUGCCAUAGCUUACUUAGGCCCAUUUGGGCCUGACAUUCGACUUGAUCUGCUGGAAAAAUGGAACGAAAUGUGUCUCACAGGAAGUCCAGAAGACCCACGAAGUGGACCACAGUCUACUUGUUUUCAGGACUCCCUCUUUGUACCCAUUCCUGUGGCUAUGGAGCUUCACAGGGCUGUGGCUCGAGCAGUUGGGGUUGAUGACCAUCUUAUACAAGCAGUGCCUCCCCAUCUGCUCUUGAAACUGUUGCUGUGGGGUCACAGAGUUCCAUGGGCUCACAGCUGGGCUUUGCUAGCAGACACACAGCAACAUGUGCUGACAGAUCAGUUCCUAGGAGAUUAUGGAAGAUCUCAUAAGGAUGAGGAGUAUGAGCUUGUCGUUUCAGCAGACGACCCGGAAUUUCUUGACAAACUCCGGCAGGGAGCAGUGAAAGGUUUGAGAGUGCUCCUUACUCAUGUUGAGCACGCUGUUGCCAGUGAAGACUUUCUCAACGUCUUAGCUCGGCCUGGUGGAAGCCACUGUCUUGAUGUGUUCCAUCCUGUUGAAGCGCUUCAUUCUGAAUUUCGCCUCUUCAUAAGCACUGCUCUUCCAGUACGGGCUCUGUUUGAUGAGAUUCACCCCUUAAUCCUAGAAAAGGUCAAGGUUAUUGAUCUCGCCUUAAGCACCUCUGAGGUCCAGGAUAUUGUACUGAAUAAUAUUCUCCAGUCUGAGUGCUCAGAGGUGUGGAUGCAGCACUGCCAAGCAAAAAGAAAUAAACAAGUACUUAAGGACAAGCUUCACCUAGAGGAGGCUUCCUUGAUGGAUUUCAUGCUGCAGUCUUUCACACCACUGCUGCAGGACCCUGAGUUCCUACCACGUGUCUCAGUGUGUCAGUACAUUUCACUGAAACUUCACGCUGAGAUUGACCAGCUGUCCAGUAAUAUAGAUUACCACAAACCACUGCUUAAUGAGUUUCACCGCACAGCUGUACUGGCCACAGACCUCUAUAAGGCUCUCCAGGAGGUUGGACGACUGUCCCCUUUCUAUUCCUUUCCUCUGCACAACUUCUUGCUCGCUUUGCGGGAAGCUUUAGCCCUGAAGGGCCCGCCAGAUGUUGCGUGUAGUGGGGAGGCAGUCGGUGGUGUGGUCAUGUCAGAAAUUUCACACAGGAUUGUGUCGCACAUACUUGCUCAAUACAGACCCUGCUUACUACAGAGUCAUGCAGAGGUACUGAGGAUGCUUGUGUCUGUAGUGUUCUUUAAGCACAAUGAGGGCUGCUCUGAGGCUGAACACGUCACGUUCCUCAAAGGAAUCAGUGACAUGGAAUCCACAGAAUGUGCUCCAUUAUCUGAACAGUCUGCUGCUGAGCUUCCAAGCUGGAUACCACGGCACAUACAAGCUGAUGUUCGUCUCUUAGAGAAAAUCCCACCCUUCCAUGGCUUGGUCUCCUCUCUCAGGAGUUCAUCUAGACAGUGGCAAGAGUACCUACGCUUUCCUUCAUCCACUGUGGUUGGACCUGUUCCUUGUCAGUCACAUUCCCACCUGACAACAUUACAGCGUGCUAUUCUCUGGAAAACAUUCUUUCCACAGUGGCUUGCAGCGGUGGCAGAUGACCUCACUGCCUGUCAGCAAGGACAGUCUUUGUCUUCAGGUGUGGCAAGUGGCCCUCACCCUGGUUCUCCAGAGGCACUCUCUCACUGUUUGUCUAGACAUUUUGGGCCUGUAAUUGUAACCUUACCCAGUCAAAGCCAAGACGAGUCAGGAAGCAUCCACCCUCUCUAUUGGAUUAAACAAGUUGCCCGGUACCAAGCUGACGAGAAGGGGGUGGAAGUGACUGUCAUUUCUUUUGGGACCAAAUGCCAAAGAGAUGUUCUUCUCUCAGCACUUGACUCAGCUGGUCAGGCUGGCCAUUGGCUGGUCUUGAACAACUGUCACCUGCUUGACCGUUGGGAUGUCGAAGUGGUUUCUCAACUAAAACAACUGAUGUCCUUCACAACAAAAGGGCAACUGGCAGGUCUGGAGACAGUAAAGGGGCUCAGAUUGGUUGGAAGAUGUGCAGAAAACCAUGUGCACCCCAAUUUCCGGUUGUGGUUUAUAACAAAAGGCAAUGCUCCACUUUCUGUUCCAGCUGUAGUGAGGAUUGAUGCCUUGCACUUGGUGUGCGGCUCUCACUGGGACCUGAAGGAUGAGCUGUGCUCCUCUCUGAGACAAGUUAUAUCCACAACUCUUCCAGCCACCUCAUCUAGAUACACCGUACAAUUGGUAGAGCCUCUUAUUCGCUGUGCUAUUCUUCAUUCUGUGUUGUUGCAGAGACAAAAGUUAAAGCAUCUAGGACAAGGGAACCUUUAUAACUGGACUCAAGAGGACCUGCUUGCUUUGGUUGAUGCUCAGGUUCAUAUUGCCCAACAUUGCAGAGACCCCACUGGAGCACUGGAAUACAUAGCAGCUUACUUGAUAUAUGGUGGUCAUGCGUCAGAUUCUGCUGACUUAGAGGUUGUGGAGGCAGUGUGCAGAGUUUGCCUACGACCAGCACCUCUCAUGUGGGGAAGUGGCCCUCACACGCUUUCAGAAAUGAUCAUGACAGGAUAUUCUGAUGAGAAGGAUCUACUGAAAGGUCUGGAGCAGCGUGUUCAAACCACACUGAGCAGUAAUGAGUCUGGUGCACUAGGCUUCAGUGCAUUUAUGACAAAUGAAAUGGUGAAAGUAAGAAGUCACAGACUCGGCAUCCUGCUCCUUCAGUCCCAAGGCAGCUUCUCAGCUGUCAGAGGCGCAGCCGUCUUGAAUCACAUCCCAAAGUUCCCAGACUACAAAAAGGCUCAGGAAAGAUUACAAGCUUUACACGACGAGAUGAGCUACAGAGAGGGGAGCAAAGGCACGUGUGAGGGAACGGUGUCAUUAAGCCCCUUGCGUACUUUCCUUCAAACCGAGUGGGAGCACCUUACAGAGGUGGUGUCCUCAUUUCUCAACACUUUUCAGCCAUCCUGUGUCCCCUCUGCUCCUUCCUAUGUUACAUCAUCCACUAUUUCAAAGCUGGAGACUCGAGCGCAUUUGCUCAGAACGUAUCAGUCGCUGGAACCCAGUGGUUCAUGUCAUGUCUACUGCUUAUCUGCCUUUGCUAACCCCCGUGGCUUUCUGGCAGCCCUGAUCAGGGAGACUGUCCACAUCAGGCAGCGAGAUGUCAGCCACUUUUCGCUGCAUUUUCAGGUCCUAGAUGCUGCACUAUCUCCAGCCUCGAUGCCUUCAAGCGGUAUCUGCCUUUCUGGACUAGAGCUGCAUGGAGCACUGUGGGAUACAAGGCUUGGAGUUCUGCAGGACACCCUAUCCUCUCAGCCUUGUCCUCUUCCUUAUCUUUGGGUCAGAGCUCAAGAGAGAGGCACUGACAGUCCACACUCCUGUUCUAUGCCUCUGUAUAACUGUCCCCUGUACCUGGACAAGGACAAUGAAGAUGAAGCCUGGAGCCUCUCAGAAGUAAACAUUGCCACGCAUGUUCCCCUCAUGACAAGAUUAGAGCCAGCGCUUUGUACUCUGAGAAGAGUUCGAUUAGUCAGCACACUCCAACACAGCACAGUCAAGUACUAACUUCAUUCCA